AUGCUUGACCCCAUUAACCCACAUCUCAAAGCAGAGAUACUCAGUUAUGGUGAUUUUGCACAGCAGUGCUAUGAUUCAUUUGACAACACUUAUUCUUCAAAAUACUAUGGAAAUUCUAAGAGCAGCAAAAGUUCGCUGGGGCGUAGAUUGGAAUUGCUCAGAAGUGGGCGUGGUUAUCAGCCGAAAUCGGGGUAUAGCGGUGCUUGGAUGGGAUAUAUUGCUGUUUGCACAGACCCAAAGGAGAUAAAGAGAUUGGGAAGACGGAAUAUAGUUGUUGCAUGGAGGGGAACUGAAACACCUCAAGAAUGGAUGCAAAAUAUGAAGGAUAUAUUAGUCCCUGGUACCUUAUCUCAGAGCACACAGUGUCCCGACAUACAAACAACUUUCAAACCAGGUGUUCAAACAGAGAAGGGAUUUUUGAGCUGUUACAACUCUGUAUAUGGAGACUCUGUGAGAUCUAGACACAGUGCAAGAGAUAUUGUGGUGACCGAAAUAACAAGGUUAUUGAAUGAGUACAAAGAUGAAGAAGAUCUAAGCAUAACAUUCACUGGACAUAGUUUGGGUGCUGCGUUAGCAACUCUAAGUGCAUAUGAUAUCAAACAGAUUACCAUGAAAGAAAAUGAUAGGAAAUCAAUACCUGCCGCAGUUUUUGCCUUUGCUUCUCCACGUAUAGGAAAUCUAGCUUUUUCCGAACAUUUGCAGGAGAUUGGAGUUAAAGUGCUGCGCUUGGUAAAUACAUGGGACGUCGUUCCCAAAGUUCCUGGAGUUUUUCUCAACGAGAACAUGGGAUGGCUUACCAGAUUCCUGCAUUGGUUUCCCUGGACAUAUGUUCAUGUGGGAGUCCACAUUACUUUGGAUAGUAGCAGAUCUCCAGUGCUGAAGAAAUCGUAUAAUCCAGCCAGUUUCCACAAUUUAGAGGUUUAUCUCCACUUGCUUGAUGGGUUUCAAGGAAAUAACAAGCUGCCUUUCAAGCCAUCUGGAAGAGAUCCAGGUCUGGUGAACAAAUACGCCGAUUUGCUCAUUGAAAAGCUUCAAAUCCCUUCCAACUUGUGGGUAAGGAGAAAUAAAGAGAUUGUAAAACGGAUAGACGGGUUGUUGGUAUACUCUCCUACGACUCCCAGUCCUGUUCCCCUAACUCCUCGCCUCCUCUAUAUGCGCCCCAGUAAUUCCAAUUCACUCCCAGUUUAUAACUCAUCAAAUUGUAAUUGUCAAAUUCUCGCUCUUUCCUAA